UUUUACUUUGUUGGGAUGUUUCGCAUUACCAACAUUGAGUUUCUUCCUGAGUAUCGACAGAAGGAGUCCAGGGAAUUUCUGUCCAUGGCUCGGACUGUGCAGGAAGUGGUAAACCUGGUUUAUACAACUUCUGCCUUCUCUAAAUUUUACAAGCAGUCUGUCGUUGCAGAUGUCAGUAGCAACAACAAAGGUGGCCUCCUUGUCCACUUUUGGAUUGUGUUUGUCAUGCCACAUGCCAAGGGCCAUAUCUUCUGUGAGGACUGUGUGGCUGCCGUUUUGAAGGACUCCAUCCAGACAAGCAUCAUAAACCGAACCUCUGUUGGGAGCCUGCAGGGCCUGGCUGUAGACAUGGACUCUGUGGUACUAAAUGCUGGGCUUCGGUCUGAUUACUCUUCAACCAUAGGAGCAGACAAAGGCUGCUCUCAGGACUUCUAUGCAGAUCAUCUGUCUCUUCGCUACCCUCUGGAGAUUUCUGCAACCUCGGGGAGGCUGAUGUGCCACUUCAAGCUGGUGGCCGUGGUGGGCUACCUGAUUCGUCUCUCGGUAGAGUCCGUCCAGAUCGAAGCUGACAACUGUGUCACCGACUCCCUGACCAUUUAUGACUCCCUCAUGCCAAUCUGGAGCACCGUCUUGUACAGAAUUUGUGAACCCACAAGAACGAUAAUGUCCUUUGUUUCCACAAAUAAUCUCAUGUUGGUGGCAUUUAAGUCUCCUCAGAUACGGAGGCUAUCAGGAAUCCGGGCAUUUUUCGAGGUCAUUCCAGAACAAAAGUGUGAAAACACAGUAUUGGUCAAAGAAAUCACCGGCUUCGAAGGGAAAGUUUCAAGUCCAUAUUACCCAAGCUACUAUCCUCCGAAAUGCAAGUGUACCUGGAAAUUUCAGACUUCCCUGCCAACACUUGGCAUAGCACUGAAAUUCCAUAACUAUUCAAUAACCAAGAAGAGUGUGAAAGGCUGUGACCAUGGAUGGUGGGAAAUUAAUGAACACAUGUACUGUGGCUCCCACAUGGAUCACCAGACGAUUUUCCGAGUGCCCAGCCCGCUCGCUCACAUUCAGCUGCAGUGCAGUUCAAGGCUUUCGGACAGGCCAUUUCUGGUGGAAUAUGGCAGUUACAACAUUAGUCAACCCUGUCCUGUUGGAUCUUUUAGAUGCUCCUCUGGUUUCUGUGUCCCUCAGGCACAGCGAUGUGAUGGAGUAAAUGACUGCUUUGAUGAAAGUGAUGAGCUUUUCUGUGUGACUCUUAAACCUGCCUGCAACGCCAGCUCCUUCAGGCGACAUGGCCCUCUGGUCUGUGAUGGCUACAGGGACUGUGAGGAUGGUCAGGAUGAGCAGAACUGCACUCAAAGCAUUCCAUGUAACAACAGGACUUUUAAGUGUGGCAAUGACAUUUGCUUUAGGAAACAAAACGCACAAUGUGAUGGGACUGUGGAUUGCCCAGAUGGAAGCGAUGAACAAGGCUGCAGCUGCAGCAGGAGUUCCUCCACUGUCCACCGCAUCAUUGGGGGAACUGACACCCAGGAAGGGGGCUGGCCUUGGCAAGUCAGCCUCCACUUUGUGGGAUCUGCCUACUGCGGAGCCUCGGUCAUCUCCAGGGAGUGGCUUCUUUCUGCGGCCCACUGUUUCCAUGGAAACAGGCUGUCAGACCCCACACCAUGGACUGCUCAUCUUGGAAUGUUUGUGCAGGGGAAUGCCAAGUUUGUCUCCUCGGUAAAAAGAAUCGUGGUCCAUGAGUACUAUAACAGUCAGACCUUCGACUAUGAUAUCGCCCUGCUACAGCUCAGUACGGCCUGGCCUGAGACCCUGAAACAGCUCAUUCAACCAAUAUGCAUUCCUCCUGCUGGCCAGAAAGUGCGUGGUGGCGAGAAGUGCUGGGUAACUGGCUGGGGCCGAAGGCACGAAGCAGGUUGA